GUGUGUGUGUGUGUAUCGUGCCACCUGGGCAUCACUAUAUAAGACUCAGAACAUCAGGCUGGGACCGUGAAAUCAGACUGGGAGCCAAGAAGGAGAAACCAGUGAAGCAACAUCAAAAUCUUUGGCUUUAUUUCUCUGUGACGACCCAACGCAAUCCGGGUAAGAUGAUGACAAGGAUCUACGCCUUCAUUGGACUUUUACUUCUCAUCCUGAUCCAGAGCAGCGUGCAGAUUCCCAUUCAAGAAAACAUGGAAGAAAACUCCAGCCUUAUGUCUGAGGAGGCACUAUUUAAUGACCCACGAGAAGUAAGCAACAUGAAGAGACAUUCAGAAGGCACAUUCUCAAACGAUUACAGUAAAUACCUGGAGACCAGGAGAGCACAAGACUUCGUCCAGUGGUUGAUGAACUCCAAGAGAAGUGGAGUCCCCACCCGACGACACGCAGACGGCACUUUCACCAGUGACGUCAGCUCUUACCUGCAGGACCAGGCGGCAAAAGAGUUUGUGUCCUGGCUGAAAACAGGGAGAGGACGACGCGAGUGAAGAUUCAUGACAACGAGGAAAAAAAAAACUAGCCUGCAUAACUGUGACAACACGGUUUUAUAAUGACUAGUGCUGUCAGUUUCAUUGAAUCAUGCAAAUAAAUCUUUCUUCAAAUGAA